CCUUCGCUUGUCACGGUGCGCCAUGGCACAAUCGAACAACGACGAACAGCUCAAGGAGAUCAUCGUUCUGGGUGCAGGUGUUGUCGGCCUCACCACUGCAUUAAGAAUCCAGGCGCAAGGCGAUUACCGUGUCACGAUCGUUGCCGAAAACUUCCCCAUCGACCCCAAGUCCAGCCGAUACACCAGUCACUGGGCGGGUGCACACCAUGUCAGCCAUGCUUAUGACGAUCUAAGACAGCGAAAGCUUGAUCAAGAUACCUUCGAUGUAUUGUGGAAGCUAUCAGAACCAGGCGGUGCAGCCGAAGGUUGUUUCUUGCGGCACCCCCACACCGAAUAUCGCGGAGACGACCUCGCUAAUGCUGAAUGGCUUCACUACAUGCCAGGUUUCAGAUAUAUAGAGAGCAACGAGCUUCGUGGUCCAGCAAAGACGGGAUUCUCUUUCAGCACCGUCAGCAUGAAUACUCCGGUAUAUCUUAACUGGCUUUUGUCCGAAUUCCUUGCCAAAAAUGGGACCAUCGUGCGCGGAUCCCUGCAGCACAUCAGUCAGCUUCUUGAGCGAGGAACCAGUCCUUACACAGGUGUCCAGUCGCACCGUGACGUCGACGCUCUUGUUAUAUGUGCUGGUAUUGGCGCACGCGCACUAGGAGGCGUUGAAGAUAAGGACGUAUUCCCAAUUCGCGGUGAAACUGUGCUCCUCAGAGCUCCCUGGGUCAAGUUCGGGAGGACCAUGACCGAAGCUGAUGGGACGUACACCUAUUCGAUGCCAAGGAGCAACGGUGAUGUGUUGUGCGGUGGCACAAGAGUGCCCAACGACUGGUACCCGGUCCCGCGCCCUGAAACAACCGAGGACAUUCUUGUGCGGGCUCUGAAGCUUACGCCGGAGCUUGCACCCCCGCAGACGCGGGUCGAUCGCGAGCCCACUGUUGAGGACCUUCGCCCCAUCAUUAUUGAACCAGGUUGCGGCCUGCGCCCCGGGCGAAAGGGUGGCAUCAGACUCGAAGUCGAGUGGCUGGACGCCCCCACACGAGGCAAGGUGCCCGUGGUGUAUAACUACGGACACUCUGGUUAUGGCUUCUUGUCGUCGUGGGGCUCAGCGAAUAUGGCCGCGGAGUUGCUAGAAAGUGCCUUCAAGACGGGUGCUCCAGCGGAUGCGACACCUGCAUCUGGUGAUUGUGCAUCUGAGAAUCCUGGGAACUGAGAUGUUGUGAAUUGUGGGGGAGCGAUCUAUGGCAAAUGUAAGUUGAAUAUCUUUGCGUUCCACUCCAGUUACAAGGGAAGAAUGCUGCAAUGAAUGCUGUACUACAAGGCGUAUGUAGGUGUACGAGAGACACAUGUAAACGAUAGCUGUAUUGAUGACAAAUGAACAGGACUACCCGGAUCA